CAAGUACACAGACACCAAUGCACGCACACACAAAUACACACACUUUCUUUGGCAAGCAACAAUGGCCCUUUUUACGGGAAGCUUAACAUGGAUAAUUCUCCUUUCUUGGCUGAAGGAUCUCGGAGGAGGGCGCAGCUUCCUCAUCCAAAAUGUCCGUCUGCAGAAAUGCAUCCAUGCCUCGCCUCACAAAGCUGAGCGGGUCGGUCUGUCCGACUGCAAGGCACACUCCCCACAGCACCAGUGGAGCUGGGAUGGGGCUGCCUUGGCCCUGGUCAACCAACACACGAGGGAAUGCCUGGCUGUCUCCAACGCAGAAGAACUGGCAGUAGCCCAGCUGGACCCGUGUGGGGAGGGGUCACUUCAGAGGUGGUCCUGCAGCAAGAAAGGCCACCUGACCUUACAAGGACACGGUCUUCAUCUCAGCACGAAGCUGGGAGGACAUCACACCUUCCUCUCCCGGGAGAAAGACCGGUUCAGCAAGUGGAGGACAGAUACCGGGUCAAUCGUCUGUGCCACGGAUCUGGCGAGAGCAGCGGGAAUCGGCGAGCCAAGGGGGCCGUCCUCGGACACCUUGGAGGGGGAACCCGAAAAUAAAACAGUUGGUUCCCUUGAGAUCUACACCCCUCCUGUGAAGGCCACGACAUUCUUAAUGAUCCAUUUGGAAAGCCAGUCCUAUGUCACCAGCAGACUUCCAGUGUCCAACAACAGACACCUUGAAGCAGAUGACAAAACAUAUCCUCCACAUCAAAAGCACCAGGAGAAGGCUACUGGUCCCCCAAAUCUAGGUCUCAGCUGGAGAACAACCCUGCUCGUUCUGUGUCCUCUGGCCUUCAUCCUGGGGAUAAUCAUCCUGACGUUCAAUAUCCAAUCCAAAAAGAAGAAGAAGCUGUUAGCUUUGAAGAGCCGGCAGAUGAGCUGUGAGGAACACCAGCCUUCACCAGGAACGGUCAGCCCCACCUCCAAGAUGCGCAUCAUCCCUGCCUCACCUUCUCCUUCGCUCAAGCAUGGUGAGAUCUUGAUCGAAUGGAAAGACGGGACCACCACCUCGCUCUUUGACCAUUCCUACUAGCUGACCUACUCCAUCUUCUCCUGACUGAAUCUCUUGAAAUCCUGUUUUUCUUAGCAGAGCUCUUUUGCUCACACUUCUAUAGCUGUUCUCCUGCGGAUUAUGAUGUAGACCAAGGGGUCUUCAAACUUGGCCCUUUUAUGACUUGUGGACUUCAACUCCCAG